AUCGUUUGACUGUUGCCUAUAAUAAGAAAAUCAACCAUCAUUACUUCCAUUCCGCUUUUUAUUUCAUAUAGUAGACGGAAAUUAAUAAACAUAUAAAAGUGUGCGAACUUCUAUAAAGAAGCAGACAGUGGACUCAUCGAUAAGUGUGUUGUGUUGCAGUGAGCCUCGCUUUUUUAUUGUAAACAUAAAUGAAUCCGAUUGUACACUAUACUACGAUAGAAAACGACGAUCGUCGGUUGUCAACAUUCUACAUAGCACUAAAAACUGAUAACAUCACUUCUGGGAAAAAUGACUCAGAUGCAAAUCGGCCUUUCAUAAACAAAGCGCAAUUAUGCUCUUCUAUGGAAAAAAAUGAGGAACGUUCAAUAGGGCGUAUUAGUAUUGAUCAAACAGAGUACCAAGAUCACAUCGAAGAUCAAGCUGAAAAAAACACUAAAAUGAAGCGAGUUGUACUUAGUCCAAAUGCAUAUAAGUUGGCAGUUCCAGGAAACGUCACUACAUCCACAAGUCAUAUUACAACAUCCACAGUAGAGGAAAACGCAAUGUCACUUCCAACAAACUCUUUCGUUUCGUCGAAAGUUCCUAUCACUUUGUUGCCAUCAGUUGAAAUGGGAACCACCCGUGGGAUGCUUUCUACUUUGCCCUCGGAAUGCACAUUGCACUCUUCUGCCAAUGCAAAAAAGUCCAUUAGUUUUAUUCGACGAAAUUCGUCGAUAAAACUUUAUAGACACAAUUCGUUAUUGAACUCCAUUACCUCAAACUGUGCCAUGAACAGCGUUGGUAUAGGUCAACCAGAUGUGCCUGUGAAAGCACUAGAUACCAAGCAACUGUACAAAUUCCUCUCAGAUAAAACUGCACAUGAAAAUAUUUUUCGUUCCUUAUUAAGCCUGGACGAAAACGAAAUCGAAUGGACAAGUGCUCUAAAUGCAGAUGGAUCGCUCAAAGCAGUUUGUCUUCAAAGAUCAGCUAUCACACAACAAGCGAGAGAUAAGAAAUUACAAUCCUCUUCAACACUGUCAAAUUUUUUUUUAAAGCGCUCUUUUAGAUCAAUCCCAUUAAAGCGAACCAACUCUGUUACGAAAGUAUAUGUAUCUAUGCGCAGUACAGACGACUUACGUGUUUCACGAUCUCAUGAAAAUUUGCUUUCUAAUAAUGUACCUUCAUCGUCAGUUGACAGUACAAAUGGGGGUACAGUUAGUAUUCUUCCUGUGCAUGCAUCGCUUCUUGGGCACCGCCAUGGCUUUCAAAUUUAUAGUGCUUCAUACGGCGUUAAGCAUUACAGCUGCAGAUCGCGCCAAGAACGCGAUCUUUGGAUGCACGGUUUACGUAAAAUACUUUUUCCUAAUAAUAUCAACGCACUGCGAAAAGAUAAUUCUGUUAAAAUAUGGAUUUAUGAAGCCAAGUUACUGUCGACUAAAAAACGCUAUUUUUGUGAGAUAUAUUUGGAUCAAGCCUUGUAUGGACGUACUUCUUCCAAACUCAAUAUAGAUUUAUUAUUUUGGGGCGAAUGUUUGGAAUUUCUUGAUAUACCCGAUUCAAAAAUUAUUACGAUAAAGGUGUUUCGCGAAGCUGAUAAAAGAAAGUGGCGCGAUAAAGAUUUACUUAUUGGUACGGUUCAUAUCAGUAUCCUAGAUACAAUGCCACAUAUUUUUUGCGAGGAGUGGUAUCCCAUACUGCCGGAAAAGAAGGACGGGUCAAGCAAAAGUUUAAGUAAACAAUCUCAAUCAACUCUAAGAGUAAAAUGCCGAUUCCAAUCGCUUACCAUACUUCCAAUCAAUGAAUAUCGGGAAUUUUUAACAUAUCUCAAAAAAAAUUAUUUAAAAGUUUGCGAAUUAAUUGAACCGGUAAUAGGAGUAAAAGCUAAGGAAGAAAUUGGUCAAGCAAUGGUGUUGAUGAUGCACUCUCAAAACAUGGCAGCUCCUUUCCUUGCUGACGUUGUUGGUUUGGACUUGCUCCGAAUCGAUGAUCAACGGCUUACGUUUCGUGGGAAUUCUCUGGCAACUAAAAGCAUGGAAGCAUUCUUAAAGCUAUGUGGAGAACAAUAUUUACAAGAUACUCUAUUUGUACCAAUUGUGAAAAUCAUCGAUUCAGAACGAGACUGUGAAGUAGAUCCUAUGAAGACCAAAGGAAUUCUAUUAAAACAACAACAAGAAUUGCGCAGCGCCGUUGAAGCUAUAUGGAAAGCCAUUUUAAACAGUAUACAUUUUUUUCCAUUUGAAUUGCGUGUUUGUUUUUCAACCUUUCGCGAGCGGUUAAAAUCAUUGGGACGAGAAGAUAUUUCUGAUAAUUUAAUAAGUGCUUCAUUAUUUCUACGGUUUCUUUGCCCAGCCAUUCUUUCACCGAAUCUGUUCAACAUAACAAAUGAGAUGCCUUCAGCCCGUUCCACAAGAAAUUUGACGUUGGUUGCAAAAACCUUGCAAACGCUAGCUAAUUUUACACGCUUUCAAGGAAAGGAAUAUUUCAUGGAAUACCUGAACAGUUUCAUAGAGCAAGAAGCUCCACGAAUGAAACAAUUUUUAUUUGACAUUUCGAAUCUUCAAUUGAAUCCUAACAAUGAGAGAACAUUCGAUUGGUCACAACACAUCGAUCAAGGCAAACAUUUGGCUAUUCUACAUAGUUUAUUGCUGGAAGCAUUGACAAAACUAUCUAAAGACAAACGAAAUGAAUUGGCUCCUCUGGAAACCAUCCUGGAGUCAUUAUCAAGCCUAAAACAGUCUGAAAAAAUAUUAAGUCUUCCAGAAGGAUUCAAUGAAUAUGAACAUUCAUUGGUGAGCACAAAUAAAUUAAGCACAGCUAAUGGAUUGGGUCAACAAACUUGCGAUAAAGUUCGACAACGACUGGACAAUGCAAUGCCGCAUAAUGAAAUGAAAUUAACUAUUCAUAGUUCUUAUGACAAUCUCCACUAUGUACACUCUCUUCCCGAGAAAAAACGGACCGAUAAUUAUCAAGAACAAAACCUAAAAAUGCGGGAAAGAGAAAAAGAAGAGAAACAAACAAAUUCGAUUAUCAAUCAGGGCGAACGCGCAUCCACUCUGCCACGGAACAUGAAUUGUCAUUGGGCAAACUUGCUAAAACGAGAAGAAGUAGAACAAGAGAACUCUUUCUCAAGAGACACAAAAGACAUAAUCGCAUCCGAUAAACAACAUGUACAAAUGGGAUUGUGUUUGAAUGAUUCAAUGACUCGAAAAUUUACACCUCCAGCUUUGUUUUCUCCCUUGAACAUUAUACAAAAAAAAAUUGAUUGUUCAACCUUUUUGAAGGACAUGUCCUCAAAGUUACAAAGAGUAGUAGACCAUGAAUCAAAUCCUUCGAACAUGCCAAUGCGUCUGGAGGAUCUGCAAGACUUAUUUAAUUAUGCUGAUGAACAACACGUUCUUAAAAAUAAUAGUACCACUGAAAACGGCAGAAACAACGGGUUAAUUAUUGAUGAAAAUAAGACCAAACAUGGAGCAUGCGAUAAGGCGAGUUUAGGAAAUAUUCCCAUAAAAAAUGAAUUUCCGGAUUCAUUAUCGCAUAGAGGUAUUUCGAAUGAACUAGAAAUAAAUUAUCAGCAAUUGACGAGGAAGGUUAACAACGGUCGUCAAAUUUCAACAUUUUUAUCAUCAGACUGUGCUAUAAUCGAACCCACAUUUACUGCCAAAAAUGGCGACUUUUUAAACGUUUACACGGAUUCAUACCGAAUAGAUAAAUCGAAUGAAGAACCUACUAACAUUUUGAAAUCGGAUAUGUUUGAAGAAAAAAGAAUGGAACGGCAAUUUAUUCCUAGAGCAGUAGGCAAAUGUGUUGAUUUACACGAAAUAAGUAACAGUCAAAACAAUGAAGGGGAUAGAAAUUUCAAACCCACAACCCAUUUUGUGGGGAGUGACGCUAUCAAUGAUAUCAGUAUACAAGUAGAUAAUCGGUUGAGCUUUACAUACGAUGCCGCAUUAGCUGGAAUAGCGUCAAUUUCUGUUCCAAAUAUUGAGCCUAGUGAUUCUAGACAUAAGUAUGAGCAUGCCAUUUAUUCCAGUGGUAAUAGAGGAAGUGAUAUGAUGAAAAAUCCAAUGGUGCAGUACAAACGGGAUGAGUAUUUAAAAAUCCAAAACGAUCAUCCUAAAAACGAUAAAAAGGAUUAUGUGAGACACACAUCGAAUGUUGCUGAACGAGAAUGUAUCAGCGACACUGAAUAUCGAUAUAACUCAUCUAUUGGAGCUCUUCAAUACAUUCAAUGUUCGAAGCAAAGCAAUAGUUGGAAUAAUAACAACAAAGCAAUAGAGGAACAUAUAAUAAGUAAUCAAAUGAGGUUAAGUAACUUCCAAUCGGUUGAACAAUGUGAGCGAGAGAUUAAGCGCUUACAAGCUGCGUUAGAUGCUAUGCGACAAAAAAUAGAAACGUCUGAAUUCAAACAUGAACUUCAGACAGAUUUGACGAAUAGCACGUUUCCAAGUAACACCAUUGUCGGAGGACUUAUUGGAAGGUUGCUGGUCAUGGAGGAAGAACUACGGAGGGAACAACAAACAAUGUACCUAGCCUUAUCACAAAAGCAACGCGUGAUUGAAGCUCAGGGUCAACAGAUUGCUGCGUUAGAUGCUGCUAAUAAUAGACUUCUAACAGCUCUCUCAAGUAUGCAAAAGAAAUACCAAACUGAUUCUGCACAAAUCGGGGAGGAUUCAAUAUCACGUAGUUUUACAGACAGCCAAACAAAAUAGUGUGUAUGCAUAGAAACAUCAAAAUAUAUACAUAUAAAUGGGUUGUAGUUAUACAUUUUUUUAUUUAAUUUGGUCCGGCCCACAUUAUUCGAGACAUCAACUGCGAUAAUGCGCGCGAAAACCCACUUCAUUCCAGCUUUACCCUAUGACAAAUCGCUCACCGGCACUUGUCCAUGCCGUCUAAAACUAUUUCAAAACUACUAUUACAUUAA